AUGGCUCCAGCUCGUCUUGAUCAAAGAGGGUCUCAAGAUUCUUGGUGGUGUUAUUCAUCGCCUGUAUUGGCAAUAGCAACAGCAGCUUACAAUUUAGGUGGCUUUUUUUUCGGAGCAGCCUAUCAGUCAGACGUUGACGAAUUGAUCUUUGACGUCCAGAAACAGAGGUACAGUUGCGAUGUGAGGGUUUGCGAUUGCCAGAAAUUUACAAAUGUACCUAAAGUCAGAUUGUACUUGGUUACUGCUGAAUUCGGCAAAGAGGCAGAAAAUAACUGCAAUGAGGAACGUAAGGAGCAAGACUGUGUGGUUUAUAAAGGAGUGGCUUUACGUGUUUCGCAGACAGUUUUUGAGGUCUGGGAAAAAGUCAACAGUAGGAAUGAAAAAGAGAAGUAUAUGGAAGCAUGA